UCUGUCAAAAAGAUAAAGUUGGGAAAAGUAUCGGUUAUCGGUUGUGGAAAUCAUAAGGACUAUUUUAAUUUUAUAGUAUAAAGCCAUUGAUCAUAAGUAAUAACAAUUUAAGUACAUAAACCUACAUGGCAAUUUAUUGAAAAAGCAUCCCCAAAUGUAAUUUAUAAGAUGCAGAAUCAAGAAGACGAUGUUUUGUUUAAGACCUAUAAAAAUGCUGGUAUCAUUACCUUAAACCGACCAAAAGCAUUAAACGCAUUAAACUUAUCUAUUGUCAACAAAUUGUUACGGCAGUUACAAGACUGGGAAAACACGAAAACAGCUGUUAUCAUAAAAGGUGCAGGGGACAAAGCAUUUUGUGCCGGAGGUGACUUAAAAGAGAAUAAAUUUGAGACCCUAAGAUUUAUAUCCACGGAGUACAAUGUUAACUAUCUUAUAGGCCAUUACAAAAUUCCUUAUAUUGCAUUUAUGAAUGGAAUAACUAUGGGAGGUGGCAUGGGACUUUCAGUCCACGGAAGAUACAGGAUAGCAACAGAAAAAACUGUAAUUGCUAUGCCCGAAACAAAGAUAGGACUUUUUCCUGAUGUCGGUGGAACAUACUUUUUAUCCAGACUUAAUGGAAACCUCGGUAUAUAUUUAGGUUUAACAAGUGAGAGAUUAAAAGGCGGAGACGUAUUAAAGGCCGGUAUAGCCACUCAUUACGUCAAUAGCUCAAGGCUAUCAGACCUAGAAGAAAAACUUUCGGGCUGCACUAAUACAGAUGAAAUAAGUCGAGUUUUAGACGAAUUCAAUGAAAGAACUGGAGAAUUUUCCCUAACUCCUUAUCUGCAACACAUAGAUUAUUGCUUUGCUGCUGAUACUAUCGAAGAAAUCAUUGAAAGGCUAAAGACUGUGAAUAAUGAAUGGUCAAUCAAGACUCUUCAGGUUUUACACAAAAUGUGUCCUGCCAGCCUUAAAAUAACUCUGCUUGCACUCCGGCGCGGUGCAAAGUUAAACCUUGGAGAGUGCUUGCGCAUGGAGUACAGGAUGACAUCUCGUGCGUCUACGACCUACGAUCUUCGUGAAGGUAUUCGUGCGCUCCUUAUCGAUAAAGACAACAAUCCCAAAUGGAAUCCUCGGACUAUAUCUGAAGUAACUGGGGAUUAUGUUGAAAGUUUCUUCGAGAUACUUCCUGAGCAAAAAGAACUUGUAUUUUUUAAGUCAAAAUUAUAGACUUUAUUAUCUACUGUACCUAUUGGUACAGGUGGUU